CAUUUUAAAUAAAGCUUUGCCAAAACCCAAACAAGAUGGCGGCGCCCGGUAGCUAAUGCGUGUAUUUUGAAAGGAAGACGUUGUCAUUCACCGUGAUUUAAAUUGGAACUAUAAGAAGAGUUUACAACACGUGCUGUGGAGACAUUCAGUUAAUUAAAUGGAAACACCGAGGAAAAGCAGCGGCAAAAAGGCCGGCAAAAAGCCCAUCCAGGUCAAGACGUUGUUCACAUCCCCUUUUACGCUGAACUGGAGCCCUCUUCCACAAAAGGACAUGCAUUUUAUUCUGACAACCUUGAAAGACAAACUCAUUUCCAUGGGGCUUGAGAAGAAGGAAGUGAAGGUGUUUCGGCCGUGGAGGAAAAAACAAAGAGGUCCGGAUUCCUCAUCUAUGGAUACGGACACAAAUAAAGUGGAGGAUUCUCCGAAAGGUGGCUGGACAGAUGUGGCCGCGAGACGACAACUCGCCCUGGGCAUCAACGAGGUCACCAAAGCUCUGGAGAGGAACCAACUUAAGCUGGUUCUGGUGUGCAAGUCGAUCAAGCCCAAGCACAUGACCAACCACCUGAUAGAGUUGAGCGCCAGUAGAGGUGUCCCCGCCUGCCAAGUUCCGCGUUUGAGCGAAAGCAUGGGGCCACUGCUAGGCCUGAAGAGCGUCCUCGCUCUGGGGUUCAGACACAGCUGCAACCAAGGUGACGACAAUGACAAGGCAGAGGCGUUCAAUGACACUGUGGAUGCAAUUAUACCCAGGAUGCCCUCUGUGGAUGUUGCUUGGCUACAAGGUACAGCAUCCGGUGUUGAAUUGCAACACACUGCUGAUGCUAAAGAGGAGGAAGGUGGACAGAGGGCGGGCCAAAAAAGAAAACUGGAGCCGGAGAGUAAACACUGCACCCUGCAACCUCUCAAAGUAACAAAAAUUGUUUCCAACCCAGCCAAGAUAAAAAGAAAGCGUAAUCGGAAGCAGGCCAAGUGAAAUUAAGUUCCCUUAAAUUUUGUCCUCCUCGUUAUUUGGAGUUUGUUGUUUGUGCCUGGAGACAGACAUAUUAGGUUCAUUUAUUACUACUCACAAAAAGUUGGGGAUAUUGGGCUUUGGUUUGAAAUUUUACGAUGAACCUAAAACGCACUCUAAGCUUUUUAUCUAUGAAUCAACCAAUACAUUUUCUUCUUAAAUUAGAAAUGUUUAAUGGUCCUCUUCAUCAUUCUGUCCACGCACCCAACAAUUGACUAACACUAGCUCACCAUUGAAAGAAGUUUCAACAGGGAUACAAAGAAACUGGAAGAGUCAUAGAAAAGCAUACUGGUGGAUGUACUUGAAAAUAAUGUACAAAAAAGAUGUGCGUUGGUUCUUUCUAUUAGAAAAGGUCAAAUUAAGUUCACCUUAUGCAUUCUAGUCCUGAAAUUCACCCGAAAACACCAACAAUCCCAUUUGUGCAUAAUGUAUUUAUUACAAUGUUUUUUGUACUGAACGUCUCUGAUCUUUUUUUUUUCCAUGCCAUGAUUAAUUGAAAGAUGCUUUAAAGUUCCACUAUUCCAAUUCAGCAAGCAUCCAAGGCUUAACUCUUGGCAUUUUGUUUCAUCAGAAGGCAUUAAAAAAAACAUACCGGUACACUGAAAGUUACAACUCCAGAAUUACUGUACCAGUCAUCACGUACUGUAAAGAUUAUUUUGUUUUGUAAUAGUUAUCCAAAGUCUCCAAAGAAAGGAUAUUGGAACAUGAGAAGAGUGCUUUUCAAUGACACAUACAGCACAUUUGACAAAGUUGUAUACAAUUAAAUCCAAUGACUUCUUUUUAUUCUUUUAUGACUAUGACUUAAAACAUGGCCUUAUUUGAACAUCAUCUUUAUCUUCCCGAAUGUGUAAAAAAAGAAAUGGCCAAUUUUAAAUAAGCUAAUAUCGUCCGAUUAAUCAAUCGGGCUGUCAUAGUUUCUAAACCAAACAAAACCGAAUUGACCAGCAUCCUAGAAUUGAUUGUGUUUGACUACAGAUGUUCCUCAAAGUGCCCUAAAAUUGAAUGACUACGUUAUCUUUUAUCUAUUAAUCUCCAAAAUGGACAAGCAGUGUCAAUGCAUUUUAUAUGGCAUCAGUCGUCACCAUGUCAUCAUAACACAGCUUUUCCUUAAAAGGCAAAACAUGGGGAAAAAUAGGUCAAUCAGCCUUGUUGAUUUUGUUAUGUGAAUUUAUUCAAAUAUCCAUGCUGGCAUAGGCGGCGUUUGUUGAAACAGAUUAAUUGCAUGGCGUCAUGUGGUCUACAAUGAUGCUGGUACAAGUUCUGUCAGCCUUUUCACAGCUUGUAAUGGAUUUGAAUUUUUAAAAAUUGUUCUUCAGUAAAGCUGUGCGGAUUGUUUACCCCAUGAUGUCAAACUCCUGGAAAAACUAACAAAAUAUUCCAAAUAAGGCAGGUUCACAGGGCCAAAGUUGUCACUAAAGGUAGCAAAACGAUAUAUCCUACAGUCACUGCAGCAACAUUCACACGUUUUUGGAGACACAACUAGCGUCCGUCUGCGUUGAACAGAAGUUCAGCCGUCUUGGCGAAUGCAACUCACUCAAGGUUUCAAACAUAUAAACGAAAGAAAUAAUGUUCUGAUAGCAGACUGCUUUCUUCAUCUGUUGUAAAAGGUAGAGGAAAAGCAUGUAAAAAGAAGACAAUGUAGAACAUCUCAAAUGUGACCAUGGAACAACAGCGGAGGCUCACUUGAACCUAAACAAGAUAAACCAAAUGAUAUCACACUUCUCUGGUUGCCCAUUUAGACUUUAACACAGAGGGAAAACUGUCACAAACUCAAUUAUAAAUGGAGUAUUUUCCAUGCAUUUAGCUGCUCAACACCUAAAAAAUACAGUAGAUUUGUCUGACACAGGAGGAGUACAAAGUGAAUAAAAUGGGGAGGGAUGAAGACAUCAAAAACGGUGAAAAAGCCCCAAAAUAGCAAAAAUAUGUCGCCUCUUUCCCCCAGAUACAAUCUAAAUAAUUCUCUCUAAAAUGAAUCGGACAAGGUGAUUAACAGGAUAUUUUUGCAUAUGAAAUGACCAAAAAAAAAUGCUUUCCAGCAGCUUAUUCUCUGACUUAACUAAAUGCUAAUUUCUCCGCAAGACUCUAUUGUCCCAAAUACAACAGGAAGACGAGAAGUUGCUGUUUUGUUGAUGAUUAGCCUCUCAACGCCUGCCGUCUGAUCAUUUGUGUUGUUUUCAUUGCCACCGUGAGUCAACCCUGAUUUGUGAUUGAAAACAUGUAUGCGCAAUGUCAUGUUCACAAUUUUCAAUCAGGUGGAGUUUGUAAUAAAGUUCUCUGAGAGCCAUACUAAAUUGUAUGACAUUAUUGUACACUACGCACAAAAGGUUAGGAUGAACUUAAAAUCCACGAUAACCUUUCCCGGUGAACCUCAUAUGACCUAUAAACCUUUACUUGCCCAACUGUUAAACUGGUGAGUAUUUUUUGCACACCAAAGUGCUCAGUGGCAAAAUUCACAAAGUUUUUUUUUUUAUUUCCAAGGACAAUCACAUCUGUGAUUCCUUCAGUCUCUCACCGUCUGUUGCACUCGGUGGCAUUCCAAUCUCUGCGGCCACUUUCUGUUUGAAGCCUUGCAAUGGCGAGGUAAGGGUCCUUUUUUUUAAAUACCAGUUCUGGCUGAACCAGGAAAUGUAAUGGUUUAUUCAUGAAUCAAACACCCGUCAUGAUCAUGACCACUCAGCAAAACAAGUUAUGCAAAAAGUACAGAAACAAUGAACAGUGGGACAUGGAACAUUUUCAACCCCCAAAAAUACCCAUGGCUUUAAAGGCUAUUGACUACGUAUUGUAACAUGGUAGCAGCUCACUUUCACACUGAGAAGUACCACAGCAUUUUUUUCCCCAAACAUUGGCCACCGUGAGGACCUUUUUGAAACUGAGAAGUUGUGCUUCAUUGAUGUAAUACAUUCUUCAUUAAAAUAAAAAUAAAAAAUAACUAAA